CACCCUGAAGCCGGCCGCGACGCUAUUUUGCUCCGAAGUCUUUGAAAGGGUCGGACGUGAGGACUGGGACUGGACCCCACCAACGAACUGAGGCCCAGGCGGCGUCCGGCCCCUGCCCGGUCCUGCUCGUCUGUGUUCCCAGGCCAUGGGCUCUUGCCCGCGGCCACUUCACUGAUUCCCGGCGCCCAGUCCUUACCAUGAACCCGGCGGCAAUGCCUCCGCUGCUAACCUGCGGCCUGUCUGAUCCCAACCCCGUCACCCUGGCGCUGCGGAAUGACUUGGGCUCCAACAUCAACCACCUCAAGACCCUCAACCUCCGCUUCCGCUGCUUCCUGGCCAAGGUCCAUGAGCUGGAGCGGCGCAACAAGCUACUGGAGAAGCAGCUGCAGGCGGCCCAGGGGCUGCGGAGGAACCGGCUGGGCCGCACCCGCGCUGUAGCCACCCAGACGCUGCUGGAUUGCUACAGCUACUCGGUCGGCGGUUACAAUUAUACGCCCGGUUCCACAUACACACCCGCUGCUGGUUUCUCUCCCGGUACCGGCGCCGGCUACACACCCGCUGCCGGUUUCUCUCCCGGUACCGGCUCCGGCUACACGCCCGGUGCCGGUUUCUCUCCCGGUACCGGCUCCGGCUACACGCCCGGUGCCGGUUUCUCUCCCGGUACAGGCUCCGGCUACACGCCCGGUGCCGGUUUCUCUCCCGGUACAGGCUCCGGCUACACACCCGGUGCCGCCUCCAGUUCCACUUUUACAUCCGGUACCGUCUCGGCUUACACCCGCGACUCGGGGUCUCUGCCUUAUCACCAUUACCCGAGCCGCCUCCCCGGAACCAUUUGGAGCUUCACUCACAUCAGAAAGGUGGGAGGCGGCCUAGAGACGGUGCAGGGACCCGGCGUGUCUUGGACCCACCCGGACGGCGUCGGCGUUCAGAUCGACACCAUCACCCCCGAGCUGCGGGCUCUGUACAACGUGCUGGCCAAAGUGAAGAGGGAGCGGGAUGAGUACAAGAAAAAGUGGGAACAAGAAUUCACUCUUAGACAGCAUCUACAGGAAAUUGUGGCUGCACUGCAGGUGGAUUCUCAGGAAGCUGAGGCUAUUCAGAAGGAACUCAAUGAGAAGGUGGAAAAAUUGAAGUCAGAGCUAGUUGUGUUUAAAGGGCUGAUGAGUGAUGUAAGUACUUUACAGCAAAUGUCUGACUUGGAUACCAAGAUUCAAGAGAAAGCUAUGAAAGUAGAUAUGGAUAUCUGCCGGAGGAUUGAUAUCACUGCCAAGCUCUGUGAUGUGGCACAGCAGCGAAACUCUGAGGACAUGAGCAAAAUGUUCCAGGUGACAACUGUCAGCAAAAAGAAAGAGAAAAAGCCAACAUGUGAUGAUGAGAGCUCAGAAACUGAUGGCGAUACCACACGACACUCUGAUGAUGAUGUUAGCACAUCUCUCAAUAUUACUGAUGAAAUGAAGCGAAUGCUCAAUCAACUUCGAGAGACAUUUGACUUUGAGGAUGACUGUGACAGUUUGAGCUGGGAAGAAAAUGAAGAAACUCUACUGCUUUGGGAAGAUUUUGCUGAGUACACAACCAUUGUGGAGCCUCCAACUGAGGAUACCUGGAUGGCACAAUGUGUGGAGAUUACAGAUGAAACUUUGGAAACAGUUAUCAAAGAAACUGAAUCGCUCUUCAAAACUAGAGAAAAGGAGUAUCAGGAAACCAUUGACCAAAUAGAGCUGGAGUUGACCAGUGCCAAAAGUGAUAUGAACCGCCACCUCCAUGAAUACAUGGAAAUGUGCAGCAUGAAGCGUGGCCUCGAUGUGCAAAUGGAAACCUGUCGGCGGCUCAUUAAACAAUCAGGAGGGAGAAAAUCUCCAUCAUUCAGUUCUGCAGCAAGUAGUGACUCAGGGAACACAGAUGAAAUCACUGAUGAAUUUGAGCGAGAUGGUGAAGGUGAUAGUUCUGUGAGCUGAUGAACUGAUACCUAUAAAAUGGACUCAAUCUGCCUGUACCUAAAGCAAUUGCCUUUAACCCUAUUUUUUCUAGGGUGCCAGAGGGCUUUGUUCAUGUACAUAUUGUCAAGCCCUCAGCAUUGGUGUUGUACAGAACAGUACCAUCAGAUGAAAUUGUCAAAACAUUGAGGAUUUUUCACCUGGUGCAGAAACCCACCAUGAUGUUGACUACUAUGCAAGCAGCUUGCCUUACAAAUCAAGAGCCUUCACCUCCCUGGAGGAGACUAACACUGCAGCAUCUUUGAAAGAGAAACAAAAAUUAUAUCUUCUGAAAUAUGUAUGGUAGCUGUUAAUGAUUAUAAAAUGGGAUAAUAGAAUGGUUUAUUUACUAAGUGUGUUCAUGUUAUUUAUUUGAUGGGAUCACUGGCCAUUCUGGGUUUCUACAGGUCUUUAAUGUAAACAAUUUGAAUCUGAUUAAACUGCUGUAAGUAAAUAAGCAAUCGCUGAAACAGUUUGAGCUGUUUGGCAUGGUGUAUUCAUUCUGCACUGAAAGUUAUGAACGUAAAACUUGAUUGAUUUCAUUCUCUAAACUGAAGUUGCUGUAGGGCUGGAUUAUUGUGACCUGUACAGAAUCAUUAUUUCACUGGGCUGUAUUCAAUAUCUUUAAUACUGCCAGUGUCGUAUGUGGGUGUAAGUUAUUCUAAAAUCCACGUAGGAUGCUCUUCAUUUCUGAAAAGUUGAAUUACAUUUAUAAUUUGAAAACUGGAUUUUCCAAUCGCUAAACCAUUACUUACACAAAACAUAAACUUUGGACAACCAUAAUUGAUCAGGACCAUCUUGACUUUUACCUUUUUUCUGAAUUGUUGAGCUUAAUGUCUACACAGUGACCCUAGAAAGAAUCUAGAUGGAGUCUGCCUAGAGGUUGUGCAGAAUGGAAAUACAUGGGAGUGAAUGAUUCGCUGACUAUGAAUAAUGGACUUUGGUGCUUCUGUUAUGUAAAUUUUGCAUAUAACAUCAAUUAUAAUCCUUAGAAUCCUUCUGCAAAUAAUUUUAAAACAAAGCAUACCUCAAAGUCCUGAUCAAAAGGAAAUGUUAUUUAUGAAAUACAAUAAUUUUUAGAAGUAUUCUAAUAAAUUAACCAGCUGCAACUUCAUACGGAAUGUUGCUUCAGUGAUAGUACUUCUGGAUGUGAAAGAUCCAGACCAGGUAACACCACAGACACCUGAGCUUAUAAGCUUUUGUGUCUCAAGCAGGAUAUUCCAGUCACAGCACUCCUAUUCCGUCCACAAAUGGUGUGGCUUGGUACAAAAAAUGUUGUUUGCAGUCUUUUGCCCUUUAUUAGUUUAGCAUGUAUGAAUUCAAUUUUUAUUUGAUUGUUUGAGACUGCAUACAAUCCCUGUGAUGUAUCCAUAUUAAAAUAAUGGGCCUUCCAUAUUGUCAGUGUUAAAGUCUGACCAUAGUGUAGAAAGUCACCAUCAGUAAUGCACUGGUUUGGAAAUGUUGACUCAAAACUGGUGUUCUUAACGUUCAAAAUAAUUGUGCACAAUUGAUUUUUAAGUGCCCUCCACCUUCUAGUCUGAGAAUUAUAUAUUUUCUCAUUCUUUAGCAUAUCAAUUUUGUAAGCUUUAUCCCAGCUAAUUUUAAGCUGGUGUUCAUCUGGAUUAUUUCAGCAGCUUGAUAACUCAGCCUCUGAUUAUUUUUUGCCUUAGUUUUUGUGGUAAUGUACCAUCUUCACAUUAUUAGCAGUCCGGUUAAACAAUUUCAGUGGGUGAAGUUCUGGGAAUGUAGAUUCUAUUUUUAUACAUAAUCAAGUACUUGUCUGUUGAAAGCUAUACAAUCCCACAAACUUAACAUGGUUGCAUCUUUCAAAUAACUAAAAACUUCCACUCUCUCAAAAUUGUUUUAAUGACAAUAUGUAUUUGUAUAGGACUGAGUGGUAUACUGUCCUGUCACCUGAACAUUCUGCUUCAAAUGUCAUGAUUGAGUAUCUCAGGCCAUAAUAAAUGGUGGUUUUAAUAGGGUAAAAAUGACACUAAUGCAACAGCUAAUGCUCCAAUUGGAGGAACCUGCAAGUAAAGGGAAAAUUUGUCUGGCUCAGCAGAAAGAACUUUAGUUUUGCAGUUUCCCAAGGAAUAAUGGCAAUGCUCAUGCAAAAAUUAAAAAAUUUUAAAUCCCUCAUCUUGGCACUGACUAAAAUUUGUAAAAACGGAUGUUAUAAUUUGGUCCAUCAAGCCUGUUCCUUGUAUUAAGUGUUAUGGUAGCUAGAAUUAUUAAAUUUACCCUUUUUGUUGUGCAAGUAUUUACAUUUGAUGUAUCAAGUAAAACUGAAGAGAUCUGGAGAAAGACUUUCAUACUCUAAAACUAAAGUAAUUACACUAAGGUAUUGCACAGAUAUUCCUGUAAGUAAAUCAAACAGCUGUAUUGUUUUUUUUUCCCAAGAAUGGAUUGUGAUUUGGCAAACUGAACAGAAGUACUUACUCCUUGACUUUUAAAUAUUACUAUUUCUGCAUAAUAAGAGCAAGUUACUUAAAUUCUUAAUUCAUUUCAGUAUAUGAAUGGAAUCAUUUUGAAACAUUUCAUCUCCUUCAUUCAUACCUUCCCGGCCUUUUUGCAUUUUUUUUCUGAAUUUGUCAACAUAACCAAUUAGAUUAGAUUAGAUUACUUAUGAAAGUUUUCAUAGUCAAGCCUUCAUCCACUGGUUGAUUGUGACAAAACACUAUAAGUUAUGUUUAUCAUCCUAGUUUGCCAUUAUUGUAAGGGAUUCAUCUCUUUAAAAGAGUGAGCCAUUUACUGAGCUACCUGUGAAUAGAACUAGGAUCUAAACUGUAAACCUGGUCCAAAGCAAUUGAAUGGUUUUGACUUGAGUUUCAAUGUUCAGCUGGCAUGUUGUGAACCUCACUCCUGUUCCUUCCUGAAAACGUCCACUUUAUGGGACUUCUUUUCCCUCUUGUGGAGUUAGAUUUGGCAAUGUGAACGUAUUGUUCAUUUUGAUGUUGUAAAUAGUUGGAAUAGGUUAUUUAAAUGAAUAUUAUUGAAGUAAAUUAACUUAACAUUAAGCCCUAGAACUGGAAAAUGUUGAGUGUACUUGCUAGAAUGGUUAUUUGAUGGGGCGCAGAUUGUGCAGUGCUGAUUUGGUAUUAAAUCUCGGUGAGGAUGACACAUACUUGUUCUCAGAAAACUUCGAAAAUAAACUCCAUUCACUCUAAUUGUUGCUUUGGUGGUUAUGGUCUGUACUGUUAAUCAAAGACUUGGGACUGUUGCAUGUUUAAUGAUUUGACUUGUGCAAUUUGUAUCCCCUUCUACUGUUUAAUGACUACAAUUGGCAUCCCCUGGUUUGCCAUUCUUUUUCUUUAAACUUCGUACCCUGGCAAGGAUGGCUUUAUAUUGGCUAUUAAAUAGAUUACCACGCGAACUUUGUUUCCUCAUUAGCAGGGCUGUUCAAAGCUUGUUUGUAGGAGUUCAUACGGAAGGGGAUUGCUGUUUUCUUGUCACUUAAUAGAUACUAAUGUUUCAGUUUUACUUCCCUUCAAAUAUCUGUACCGACAGAGUAACGAUUAAAUUAGUUAUUGAGCAAGAACUGAAAUAUCAAUAACAUGAGCUAAUUCUCGCGACUGUCGCCACCAUGUGGCGAUGUAUAAAUGGUAAUUUAGAGUUUUCUAAUUCAUUAACUUGACAUCAUCCAUUUUUAUAUUUAAUCCCAACGUAUACGGCAAAUGUGGAUGUGAUUUUAACUUAUUCAAAAGUGUGAAUGGGACACUGACUUGCUUGUCAGCAUCAUGGAGUCCCAUAAAGGGUUAUCAAAGGUGCAAAAUUGUCAAUUUAUUCAGAUAAUACCUUGUAUGAAAUUAAAAUGCAAAAGGUCACAAUAAAGCGGAUGAUUAAUUUAC